AUGGCACCAAAAAAACCUUCCAAAAGGCAAACUUUGAGAAGAGAAAUUGCACCUGAGGUGUUUCAAGAUUCUCAAGCCAGGAAUCAGCUGGCCAAUGUUCCUCAUCUUACUGAAAAGUCAGUCCACCGCAAGCCUUCAAAAACAAAAGUUAGGAAAGAACAAUCUUUGGCUAGACUUUACGGUCCUAAGAAGGAUAAAAAGGAUAAAUUUUCUGAGAAAGAUUUAGAUAUCCCAACACUUAAUAGGGCCAUUGUUCCAGGUGUUAAGAUAAGGAGAGGAAAGAAAGGUAAAAAGUUUAUUGCCGACGACGAUAGUUUGGCUUUAAACCGUUUAAUAAAAACCAUUGGUGACAAGUAUGAUGAUAUAGCUGAAAGCAAGCUUGAAAAGGCUAGGAGAUUGGAAGAGAUACGAGAAUUGAAGAGAAAAGAAAUUGAAAGGAAGGAAGCCCUUAAACAAGAUAAGCUAGAAGGAAAAAAAGACGAGAUCAAAAAGAGUGCUUCUGUUGCAAGGACUAUACGUAGAAAGAACAAGCGUAAUAUAUUGAAAAGUGAAGCAACAGCUAGCGAAAAUAUACCUAAAGAAAAGAGGUUAAAAAAAGUUUCAUUCGCCUAA